UCGGCUUUGACAGUCAGUCUUGUCACACAUCCUUUCGAAAUAUGUUGGGUACGGACGACCACAGGGACAAUCUGAAACGGAACGGUUCAGGAAUGAAGCGUCCGUUCAGCCCAUCCUCUGUAUUGGAUAUGGAGGAGGACAGGAACGGGUUAGGAGUGGGGAUGGGGUUGACCCUGGACAGUGAGGCGUGCUGUGACCCCCAGGAGGAGGGGGUAGUCCUGGGGGAGCAGCCAGGACCAGGUGGGGGCGCCCUACCCUCCUCUGACCACAGCAGGCCCAAGAGGGAGAGGAAGCAGCGUAGCUACACACUGUGUGACGUGUGUAACAUCCAGCUCAACUCCCCAGCCCAGGCCCAGAUACACUACAACGGCAAGUCUCACCAGAAGAGACUCAAACAGAUAAGCAACGGGAAGAUCCAGCAUGGCAACACAGGCACCUCUGCCCAGGGCAACCCCCUCCUGGCCUCCCUGCCUGUCCCGGGACGGCCCCUGCAGCCCCACCUCGACCUCAAGCACUUCCUGCCCUUCAGGCUCAAUGGAUCGUCCCCCCUCAGCCUCUUCCCUAACUUCAGCACGAUGGACCCGGUGCAGAAGGCGGUGAUCAACCACACGUUUGGCGUCCCUCAGCCACUCAAGAAGAAACAGAUAAUCUCCUGCAAUAUCUGCCACCUGCGCUUCAACUCCACGAACCAGGCAGAGGCGCACUAUAAGGGGCAUAAACAUGCCCGGAAGCUGAAAGCCAUGGAGGCCCAGAAGAAUCGUCAGCGUCGGCUUGGGGAAGCCACGUCCACAGGCAGAGAGAAGGACCGGGAACGAAACCGAGAACGGGACAGGGAGAGGGCUAAGAGUGCUGCGACUGUUACACUCCCCACUGAGACCCUCCCUGCACUCAUGGACACAGGCAUGAUGGAGGCAACAAAUCUGCUGCCUGCUGACCUGGAGCCAGUGGUGAAUUGUGAGGCUGUGAAGCUGGGCGAGAGCCCCGGCUGCAGCAGCUCUGUGAUGCUGACCCCUGUAUCUGAGGUGUCCUCCAUGGAGCUGGCCACCCUGUCCCCCGGGCCCCAGGGAGAGGUGUCCCCCUCCUCCCAGGCCUCAGAGAGCGGUGCCUCAGACACCAGUGGCCCCGAGCAGGGCCCAGAGGCCCCUGGAACAGCCCUGGAGUCAGGCAGCCAGCCGGACACCUCCAGCACAGAGGGGGGUGAGGACGACAAGGACCCCAAGAGGAUCAAGCCACACCUUCACUGUCCCGUAUGCAAGGUCACGGUCAACUCUACAUCCCAGCUGGAGGCACACAACAGUGGUACGAAGCACAAGCAGAUGCUGGAGGGUCAGAGCGUCCAGCCGCGGCGCCGGGGGAAGGUGGUGGGGGCUGGGGGACGCUCGGCCUGCAAGAGCAAGCGCCUGGGCACCAAGGGCAGCGUGGGGGUGCCCAGCAAGAACUUCCACUGUGAGGUGUGUGAGAUCUAUGUCAACUCGGAGACCCAGCUCAGCCAGCACAUGAACAGCAGGAGGCACAAGGACCGUCUGGCAGGAAAGCCCCCCAAACCCAAGUUCAGCCCCCACAACAAGAGCCAGCCCACCUCCAGCUUAUCGAAUGUGAGAUGGGCUGGGUAUGCAGGCGGGGCCGUGUCUGCCAUGAAGAAAAUGUUCAGCCAGUACAACCUCACCUCUCUCUCUACUCAGGCCAAACUGGCCUUCCAGAAGCAGCUGACCAAGAGCCUGACCACUGGCUUCCUGCCCAGCCCCCUCACCCAGCCCACUCUGUGCACCAUGGCAACCAAUCCUCUGGCUCUGCGCCACCCGGCGGGCACCACCUUCUUUCAGACGCCCUUCCUGAGCCCCACCCUGUUCCGGCCCGCCCCAGGGCCCCUGAGGGCCACGCACCCCUCCAUCAUCUUCUCCCCUUAUUAAUGACACAGUACAGCCCCCCGUCCCUCUGAGCUCCACCCCUGUCUCCCUCUGCCAACCCCCUUGCCCUGCCUCCAUUACUGUGACCCACAUGACGAGGGCCACGCCACGCACAAACUAUGCAGACCACAGGAGCCAGGAUGGAGAUAACGGAGAGAGGCUAACAACUGCCUCUGUCAUGGAGGACACACCCCCAAGGCCCCACCUCCUCUCCACCACGCCCCAUCUGUCUGCUCUUCCUCCUGUGGUUGGUGGCCUGAGGAACAGGACACACCUCCAGGGACAGACUGGUGCAGCCAGGAGGCCUCUCUCUUAUAUAGCCAUUUCAUGGGUCGUUUUGGUUUGGAUUCUUAAUAUUAUUGUGUAAUUUAUUAGAGAACAAAAAUAGAUGUUUCUGUUUAGUGUGGUUGCCACAAAUAAGGUCCCUUUACGUGAUGCUACUCCUCAAGACAAUGUUUCUAUUAUUCAUUGGUUUGCUUUUUGUUGUUAUGGGUUGAUAUAGGGGAUGCCAGCAGGUGAGCCCAAUGCUCUCUGAGCUUGUGACUUUCUUCAGCCAUAUGUGGACCUGCAGAUCUGCAGUCCUACGGACCCAAGUCUAUGAGUGGGAUCUGUCAGAACUAUACAAACUCCUAUUUUUCCACCAACACCCUUCCACCAAGCCCCUCUCUCCCAAACCCUGUUACUGGGCUCUUGUCAUUGGAACCCAGAGCCCUGAAUUGAUGUGCAGAAUAGAUGAUUAAGCCCUUUCUCUCUCUCUCUCUCUCUCUCUCUCUCUCUCUCUCUCUCUCUCUCUCUCUCUC